GACAAAUAUACCUGUCAAAAUUCGUGCCAAAUAAAACACCGGCGCGCGGCGCGAUUUAUUUUAUUAAAAACUACUUAAUUUAUCGAGUGCGUAACGUUGCUUUCCACCAAAUCAAUGAUAAUAUUAUGCCUCGUGUAAAAAUUGAUUACAUUGUUAGUUUUAGCAGUGAGGAUCCGGAUAAUCCGGCGAGUAACCUGCUAGCAUGGGACGUGAGCAAGAAGCGCUGGUUGUGCGCGAAAGGGGAGCCGUCGUGCUCCGUCGUCCUCCAGCUUCCGCGAGCUGUCAAGAUUUCUGCAGUACAUAUUGGAGCCCAUCACGCUGCCCUGGUGGAGGUGCUGGUGGGGCGCUCGGAGAAACCAAAUGAACCUUUUCAAGUGCUGGUGCCGAGCUGCGUAUUUUUAUCGCCGGCGGAGUCGCGCAAGGACGCGGGCGUGGAGCGCGUGCGCUCCUUCAGCGGCUCGCAGCUGGCCGCCGCGCGCGCGCAGCGCUGGGACCGCGUGCGCCUCGUGUGCUCGCAGCCCUACAACAAGCACUGCAAGUACGGGCUGAGCUUCGUGCACAUAUCGGAGCCGGAGGACUCAUCUGCGCCCGCGCCUGCCCCGGCCCCCAGUACCGUGGCGGCGCCGAGCCCGGUCCCCGGCGCGGCGCUGGCGCGGCUGUUGGACGCGGGCUCGUCGUCGGAUGACGAGUUCAAGCCGGGGGAGCUGUUCGCAAGGCACAAUAGCUCACGGAACAGCACUGACACAGGCGUGCGUCAUUAG